CAAAAAUCAAUUGAACCUCACACAACCUCAAUCAAGAAUUAAGAGACAGCAAGACUGACUCUUAAUCACUCGGGAGACCUUCAGCCCUCCGUCAAAAAGGUUUGGCCUGGCCUGGCUUUGUUUAAAGAUUGUACUCGCGUCAAACCAUCCCACCACCUAGCUCCAGCUACAUGGAGAUCAGGAGAGCUAUAUCCAAGAGCCCAAAGAUACCACCAUUACUUCUCCUUGAAACAAUUUCAUGAUCUUGGAAAAUGGUCAAUGUCAAGCGUAGCCCCGGCCGAAGAGAGCCAGAGCCAGAGCCAGAGCUCCAUACACCACCUCGUUCUAGCUCGUUGGCGAAUCCGUCGGAACAAGAGGCCCUGGAACUCGACAUCAACACUGCCAACAACUACCCCCCCGUCAAUGCCACGGGCAACCAUCCUAGCAAGUUCUCCCGCUUCUGGCACAGACACAUAUCGAUGGCUGUUCCUCAUGUUGAUUGUCGAGAUCAUUUAGCAAACGAAAGAACUUUUCUUGGUUACCUUCGCACUGGCCAGGCUUUUGCCAUCCUCGGCGUCAUCAUUGCCCAACUUAUGCGUCUCCAGCAUAGCUCAACUCCAAAUCUCACAUUGGGCUAUUUCGUCGUCAGCGUGCCGCUUUCCAGCAUCUGCCACGUUGCUGCGAUGGUCAUGGCCAUUCUUGGAGCUGUCAGAUUCCUUCGAGUUCAGAACUCAAUGGCUCGGGGAUAUGCUGUUGCUGGUGGGUGGGAGCUCAAGGUUGCUGGCACCAUGGCCACCCUUGUCCUUCUCUCCAUGUUUAUCCUUACAUUGUCCAUUGCCAUCGAGAAAGGAUGAUCGUCCACCAUCUUGCAAGUGGCAGACAUCACCCGGAUAGUAUCAAUUUCACCUCGUUUAGAUUGCUGUCAACGCCUCCCCUACGUUCCAAAGCUCUGGUCACUCAUCUGCAUAACUUCAAUCAAUGAUGAUAUCACGUCGGGAUCCAUGUAGCACGGCAGCUAGACCCGAUCUUUCCACAAUGCAAAAUGCUCAGUAUUACACGCAGGCUUGCGGCAAUCAUCCAUCCCGCGCAUAUUGUCAAUCCCUCGUACUCUGCAGAUCUCCCCCAUGCAGCGGAGAAGGUGCAUGUAUCAUUACUGCAGACUUGCCGAUGGCGCUGCAUAGUAUUUGCUAGGGGCAGGCAGAGGACGAAUACGGCCGUGUUCAAGAAAACUUGAAAGUACCGGUUGCGAAUAGGGCGAAUAGGGGGUUCGUUCUUUCACACUAUCGACGGUUGAACUUCCAGACGGCCGUAUGUGUGUGCCACUACUGGAAUGAGCCGGACGGGGCCUAUGCAUCUGCUUCAACAAUCACCCUUGGCAGCAAGCGUAGGCUCAUUGGUAACACUCAGCAAUACAUUUCGUCAUAUCUCGGUUGGCAUCUAGGUUGAGAACGUCCACAAUGCUGCACUUUGUGGACCGAGUUCGCCUAGCAGUGCAGUUAAGGUGGUGGGGGAGGCUCUGACUGCGAACGCUGUACCGUGAUUUGACAAGAUGGAAGCCAUGAUAUAGACCUUCAGAGUUCACGCAUUGGAGACUAUCGGCUGCGACCUCCUGCGGCCCAUUUCACCAUCUCGAAGGCACUCAUCACUCACGUCUGCUACAAACAAGGUGUGAAGUUGCCCUUUCGAGGUUCGUUGUCG